AUCACAUAUAUUUUAAUUUCAUUUAGUAUAUCUUUUAAUUAUAUCAAAAAAUGAGUAAUGAAGUUGUUCUUUUGAGUGCUUAUGUGAGUAUGUUUGGUAUGAGGGUAAGAAUUGCAUUACAUGAAAAAGGGAUUCAAUAUGAAUACAAAGAGGAAGAUUUGAGUAAUAAAAGUUCACUUUUAUUACAAAUGAAUCCAAUUCAUAAGAAAAUUCCAGUGUUAAUUCAUAAUGGAAAACCAAUUUGUGAGUCACUUAUAAUUGUUGAGUAUAUAGAUGAAGUUUGGAAGGACAAAUCUCCUUUGAUGCCUUUUGAUCCUUAUAAGAGGGCUCAAGCUAGGUUUUGGGCUGAUUUUAUUGACAAAAAGGUCUAUCAUAGUGGAAAGAGAAUAUGGGCUACAAAAGGAGAAGAUCAAGAGGCAGCCAAGAAAGAAUUCAUAGAAUACCUAAAACUAUUGGAAGAAGAAUUAGGAGAUAAGACAUAUUUCAAUGGAGAAAAUUUUGGAUUUGUGGAUUUGGCUUUAAUUCCUUUCUAUAGUUGGUUCCCAACUUUUGAGAAAUUUGGGAAUUUUAACAUAGAGAAAGAGUGUCCAAAGUUUGUGGCAUGGGCCAACAAAUGUAUACAUAAAGAUAGCGUCUCCAAAUCUCUAGCGGAACCAAAUAAAGUUUACGAGUAUGUGUUAAAAAUGAAACAACACUUUGGUCUUUCAUAGAGAAAUAUAUAGAGAAGUGCGCUCUAUAUUAUGAUCUUUUCAUUCUAUUCGUAUAAACAGACUCGAUGAAGUUCAACUACGAAGAUAUUAUUACGUAUGAUAGUUGGUAUGUUUUAUUUUUGAAAACUUAUAGAGUUAGUCAUAGAAUAAAUGUUGUUAAUAUAUCUAUACAUGUUUUUAUUAAGGGAUGGAUGUCUAGUAAGUCUUGGUGUAAUAAAACUACUUUAGGUAGAAAGGAGAUUUUAUAAUAUUAUAAAACUUUUAUUAUU